AUGCCGCUGUACGCGCUCGGUUCGCUGGCGGUCGGCCUCGGCGACCACUUCGGCUGGACGUUGAGCGGCCGGGUGGCCAUGUUCGUCGCGCUCGGCAUACCCGAGGGCAGCGUGCGUGGUUAUAUGUCUGAGAUUGUGCCGCCCACGCGCCGUGCCCUCUUUAGCGCCCUUUUGAGCUUCAUGCUGUACCUGGGCCAGGUGUUGGUUCUGGCUGUGGCACCGCUGCUGCACUGGCAGGUGCUGUUCAUCGCGGUAGGCGUGGUGCCGGCCGCGCUUUGCCUCUCCGGUCUCCUCUUCCUGCCCAACUCGGCCAAGUGGCUGCUCUCACGCGGCCACUCGGAGGAGGAAGCCAUGCGCUCCAUCCAGUUCUUCCGUGGCACGCAGGUGGACGCCGCUGCUGAGCCAGGCACGUGGCGCCCGCUGCUACUGGCCUCCAUCCAGAUGGUACAGUUCGCUUGGUGCGGCGGCGCCACGCUGUUGCUCAUCACCGCCUUCGUGCUGGAUCCGGUGCAGAUUUCACUAAGCGAGUACCAGCGAGCCACGCUACCGGCCGCGUUCGCUGCGCUCGUCUGCGUGCCCGGCGGCAUCAUCAUCGAAAGAUACGGCCGGCUACCGGUACUGCGUCUGGGAGGCGUGCUCUCUGCCAUUGGCUGCGCCGCUGUCGCCGCGUAUUUCUUCCUGGCCGCGGAACCCCAGGAGCGUCUCGGCUGGAUUGUGCUGGCGGGCGCUGGGCUGACGCAAGUGGCCUUUGUCGGCAUGCUCGCCAACGUCGCAUUCAACUACGUCACCGAGUUGCUGCCCAACAAAACGCGCACCUCGGGCGCGAACAUUGUCCUCGUUCUUCCGACUCCAUCAGCGCUCAGCGGGUCAGAGUAUCGACGGCAGCAUGGUUUGUUGCCAGCCAAUAACAGGUGA